AUGACAGUUUUCUCUCUUCAUUCUCUUCUUAAAAAAGAAAGUUUCCUUGUCUUUCUUUGUUUCUUCCGAUUUAAGAAAAUUGUUUAUUCAUCCUUUCUUUCUUUCUUUUAUUCAUUCCUUUCUUUUCUGGUUCUUUCUUUCUCUUUUUUUCUUUACUUCUUUCUUUCCUUCUUUUUUCUUUACUUCUUUCUUUCACCUUUUUUCUUUACUUCUUUCUUUCCUUCUUUCUUUCGCCUUUUUUCUUUACUUCUUUCUUUCCUUCUUGCUUUCUCCUUUUUUCUUUACUUCUUUCUUUCUCCUUUUUUCUUUCCUUCUUUCUUUCUCCUUUUUUUCUUUUCACUUCUUUCUUUCUCCUUUUUCUUUCCUUCUUUCUUUCUCCUUUUUCUUUACUUCUUUCUUUCCUUCUUUCUUUCUCCUUUUUUCUUUCCUUCUUUCUUUCGCCUUUUUUCUUUACUUCUUUCUUUCCUUCUUGCUUUCUCCUUUUUUAUUUACUUCUUUCUUUCUCCUUUUUUAUUUCCGUCUUUCUUUCUCCUUUUUUCUUUACUUCUUCCUUUCUCCUUUUUUUUCUUUCCUUCUUUCUUUCUCCUUUUUUCUUUUACUUCUUUCUUUCCUUCUUUCUUUUUCUUUUUCUUUCCUUCUUUUUCUUUCGCCAUUUUUUCUUUUACUUCUUUCUUUCCUUCUUGCUUUCUCCUUUUUUCUUUCCUUCUUUCUUUCUCCUUUUUUUUUUCCUUCUUUCUUUCUCAUUUUCUUUACUCUUUCUUUCUCCUUUUUCUUUUCCUUCUUUCUUUCUCCUUUUUUCUUUACUUUUUCUUUCUCCUUUUUUUCUUUCCUUCUUUCUUUCAACUUUUUUUUACUUCUUUCUUUCUCCUUUUUUUCUUUCCUUCUUUCUUUCUCCUUUUUCUUUCCUUUUUCUUUCCCUUCUUUCUUUCUCCUUUUUAUCUUUAUUUCUUUCUUUCUCCUUUUUCUUUACUUUUUUCUCCUUUUUUUUUUUACUUCUUUCUUUCCUUCUUUCUUUCUCCUUUUUUUUUACUUCUUUCUUUCUCCUUUUUUUCUUUCCUUCUUUCUUUCUCCUUUUUUUCUUUACUUCUUUCUUUCUUUUUUGCUUUCUUUCUUUCCUUUUUCUUUCCUUCUUUCUCCUUUUCUUUACUUCUUUCUUUCCUUUUUCUUUCUCCUUUUUCUUUCCUUCUUUUUUCGCCUUUUUUCUUUACUUCUUUCUUUCCUUCUUGCUUUUUCUUUUUUAUUUACUUCUUUCUUUCUCCUUUUUUAUUUCCGUCUUUCUUUCUCCUUUUUUCUUUACUUCUUUCUUUCCUUCUUUCUUUCUCCUUUUUUCUUUCCUUCUUUCUUUCGCCUUUUUUCUUUACUUCUUUCUUUCCUUCUUUCUUUCUCCUUUUUUCUUUCCUUCUUUCUUUCUCCUUUUUUCUUUCCUUCUUUCUUUCUCCUUUUUUCUUUACUUCUUUCUUUCUCCUUUUUUCUUUCCUUCUUUCUUUCAACUUUUUUCUUUACUUCUUUCUUUCUCCUUUUUUCUUUACUUCUUUCUUUCUCCUUUUUUCUUUACUUAUUUUUUUCUCCUUUUUUCUUUCCUUCUUUCUUUCUCCUUUUUUCUUUCCUUCUUUCUUUCUCCUUUUUUCUUUACUUCUUUCUUUCCUUCUUUCUUUCUCCUUUUUUCUUUACUUCUUUCUUUCUCCUUUUUUCUUUCCUUCUUUCUUUCUCCUUUUUUCUUUACUUCUUUCUUUCUCCUUUUCUCUUUCCUUCUUUCUUUCUCCUUUUUUCUUUACUUCUUUCUUUCCUUCUUUCUUUCUCCUUUUUUCUUUCCUUCUUUCUUUCGCCUUUUUUCUUUACUUCUUUCUUUCCUUAUAUUUUUAUCCUUUUUUCUUUACUUCUUUCUUUCUCCUUUUUCUUUUCUUCUUUCUUUCCUUCUUUCUUUCUCCUUUUUUUUUCAUUCUUUUUUUUUUUCCUUUUCUUUCUCCUUUUCUUUCCUUCUUUCAUUAUCCUUUUUCUUUCCUGCUUUCUUUCUCCUUUUUCUUUCCUUCUUUCUUUAUCCUUUUUUCUUUUUUUUCUUUCUCCUUUUUCUUUACUUCUUUCUUUCUCCUUUUUCUUUCCUUCUUUCUUUCUUUCUUUUUUUUCUCUUUUUCUUUCCUUCUUUCUUUCUCCUUUUUUCUUUACUUCUUUCUUUCUCCUUUUUCUUUACUUCUUUCAUUCUCCUUUUUUCUUUCCUGCUUUCUUUCUCCUUUUAUCUUUCCUUCUUUCUUUCUCCUUUUUUCUUUACUUCUUUCUUUCUCCUUUUUUCUUUCCUUCUUUCUUUCUCCUUUUUUCUUUACUUCUUUCUUUCCUUCUUUCUUUCUCCUUUUUUCUUUCCUUCUUUCUUUCGCCUUUUUUCUUUACUUCUUUCUUUCUCCUUUUUUCUUUCCUUCUUUCUUUCUUUCUCCUUUUUUCUUUACUUCUUUCUUUCCUUCUUUCUUUCUCCUUUUUUCUUUCCUUCUUUCUUUCUCCUUUUUUCUUUCCUUCUUUCUUUCUCCUUUUUUUUUUCCUUCUUUCUUUCUUUUUUUUUCUUUCCUUCUUUCUUUCUUUCUUUUCUUUUCUUCUUUCUUUCUUUUUUCUUUACUUCUUUCUUUCCUUCUUUUUUCUUUUCUUCUUUCUUUCUUUCCUUCUUUCUUUCUCCUUUUUUCUUUCCUUCUUUCUUUCUCCUUUUUUCUUUCCUUCUUUCUUUCUCCUUUUUUCUUUCCUUCUUUCUUUCUUUCUCCUUUUUUCUUUCCUUCUUUCUUUCUCCUUUUUCUUUACUUUUUUUCUUUUUUUUUUUUUUUUUUCUUUUUCUUUCUUUCCUUCUUUCUUUCUCCUUUUUUCUUCCCUUUUUCUUUCUCCUUUUUUCUUUCCUUCUUUCUUUCUCCUUUUUCUUUCCUUCUUUCUUUCUUUCUCCUUUUUUUCUUUCUUUUCUUUCUCCUUUUUUUUCCUUCUUUCUUUCUCCUUUUUUUUUCCUUCUUUCUUUCUCCUUUUUUCUUUCCUUCUUUCUUUCUUUCUCCUUUUUUCUUUACUUCUUUCUUUCUCCUUUUUUCUUUACUUCUUUCUUUCUUUAAUUCCUUCCUCAUUCUUUCGUUCAUCCUUUUCUUUCUUUAA